CUUCGCGGAAUCGAGCCCCUAACGGGUGGGAUCCCGAGGCCGCAGGCGGGGGGUGGUGGGGAAGAGGUUUUCCAGGAGAGAGUCCCUGGCUGAGUGAGCCCUGUCGAGCACACGCGAGGCCGUGGGUGGGGAGGCAGCAAGGAGGUGAAGGCAGGGGUCCCAGUGGGCAGGAGAGGCUUGCUGUCAGUACUGGGAGUUGGGGUGUUUCCUAGACCCUGCAGAGGCUGAGGCAGGGUUGACAUCGUGAGAAAGAGACAGGAGAGGGUGGAAGAGGUGUCCUGUGCCCGCUGUUGCUCACAGGGGAGAGGAGGGGCUGCUGCAGGAGGCCCUCCCCUAGGGUCGGCAGGGGGAUCGAGGAGGAGCUGCCGGGUGGGGACUCAGGAAGCAGCACAGCCCACAGCUAGGGCCAGGGGCAGAGGGGCAGGACUGGACCCCGGGGGCAGGGUGAGGGGUUCUGGGGUCAGCCCAAAAUUGGCCCACAGGCCCAGCCUGUGCGUCACUCCUGAACAAAUCUGCUUCUCUGGAGGAGCAGAAGGAGAGUUGGAUGCGGGAUAGAGGUGAGAAGAGUGCUUGGACACACAGGCUGUGGGGUCCCCAAGAUGGUCUCACGGGUCUCUGGGAUGAGAUGCGGCUACCAAGACCCUACGUGCAGCCAGGAGACUGACCAGGCCGCUUUAAGCUCGAAGAGACAUGGCCUUGCCAGCAUCCACCUGACAGUCCUGAGGACUGUGUGACUGGGCUCAGUCUUGACCUUCACGGGAGACCACACAGUCUGGCACACAGCAGGGGCUAUGCAAUUCUGGGUCACUUGACAGCCACUCCAGACGAGGCCGCAAGCACUGGACAUGGGGUUUUCCAGCCUUCUGGGGUGGAGCCAUCUUUUUUGGGCCAGGAUUAGGCCUUCCCCACACAGUGCCUCUGCUUGUGCUAGUGGCCUGGUGACCUCCCUUAGGCCAUCCGAUGUCACCCCUAACCUGCUGUUCAAACUUUAUUCUUAGAAAUUAUUUAUUUCCAGCCGGGUGCGGUGGCUCAUGCCUGUAAUCCCAGCACUUUGGGAGGCCGAGGCAGGCGGAUCACCUGAGGUCAGGAGUUCGAGACUAGCCUGAUCAAUAUGGAGAAACCCCCGUCUAUACAAAAGUUAGCUGGAUAUGGUGGUGGGUACCUGUAAUCCCAGCUACUUGGGAGGCUCAGGCAGGAGAAUCACUGGAACCCAGGAGGCGGAGGUUGUGGUGAGCUGAGAUUGUGCCAUUGCACUCCAGCUUGGGAAACAAGCGCAAAACUGUGCCUCAAAAAAAAAUUAUUUCCUUUUGAAAUUGUUCUUCAAAUGUUUCUUGUCACAUACAUGCAGCAGUAAUUUGGUAGAAACAUGAGAAAUUGUGAUCCUCUGUCUUGCUCAGCUUGGCUCCCCUUCCCAACCAGCAUUAUCUGCCUGCACCCCCAAUCCCCGACAACUGAUGUGUCCUUAUCUCCCUGCCCCCUACUGUGCCCCCGUAGCAUAAUUGUAUGCCACAUAUGGGCACACCAUCACAUAUGGCUAAAAUGGGAUCUCUCUGUAAUAAAAGGAAUAUAUAUAUAUAUAUAUAUAUAUAUAUAUAUUUUUUUUUUUUUUGAGAUGGAGUCUCGCUCUUGUUGCCCAGGCUGGAGUGCAAUGGUGUGAUUUGGGCUUACUGCAACCUCCGCCUCCCGGGUUCAAGCAAUUCUGUCUCAGCCUCCCGAGUAGCUGGGACUAUAGGCGCACACCACAACGCCCAGCUAAUUUUUGUAUUUUUUAGUAGAGACGAUGUUUCACCAUAUUGGUCCGGCUGGUCUUGAACUGACCUUAGGUGAUCCACCUGCCUUGGCCUCCCAAAGUGCUGGGAUUACAGGCAUGAGCUACUGCACCUGGCCAAUGCUAGGCACUUUUUAUGGGCCAGGGACUGAUCUAAGUACUUUUCAUGCACACUGCUUUUCUUUUCUUUUCUUUUUUUUCUGAGACGGAGUCUCACUCUGUUGCCCAGGCUGGAGUGCAGUGGCGCGAUCUCGACUCACUGCAACCUCUGCCCACUGAGUUCUAGGGAUUCUCCUGCUUCAACCUCCCGAGUAGCUGAGAUUACAAGCACCUGCCACUGUGCCCAGCUAAUUUUUUGUAUUUUUAGUAGAGACAGGGUUUCACCAUCUUUACCAGGCUGGUCUUGAACUCCUGACCUCGUGAUCUACCCGCCUUGGCCUCCCAAAGUGCUGGGAUUACAGGUGUGGGCCACCGUGCCUGGCCUCAUGCACACUGCUUUUCUAAUUUAGUGUCUUAUAAUUGUGGAGCUAUGUCUUGUGGAAACAUAUUUCCAAUAAGAUUCUCUGAGAUAGUUUUCUCAUGUGCUUUCAGUGCCUCAGGGGUGGGAUAGUCCAUAGGAGCCCGUGUCACCCAUUCAGGAGUGGGUGAGGGGAGACCCCAGGGACCAAUGCCAACAGGAAGAGGUGGGUGGUUGGGAGGGUGGAGAUUGCACAUGCUUAGGGACAGCUUGGAGGUGAGUGUUAGAAUUUCUCUGAGAGGGGUUAAGGUAGUGUAUUGUGAAGCACAACGGGUUAGUGAGUGCUCAGUCUCCAUGACCCCUGCCAUCUAUAUGGCUUGGAUACGUCAUGUCAACCUGACAUAAAGCCGUGGGUGAACAUUCUCUGGGACCCCACGUGUGUGAUUAAAUCGUUGAAGUUUUGGCAUCCUUUUACAAUGAGAGAAUAGCAUAGGAUUUACAUACAAUUUUUGGACAUCCAAGUUCACCACAAUACCCAUAUUGUCUGAAAUUAUGUGCCAUGGCCCUGAGGGGAGUCAUGAUCCCUCCCCCAAAGAUGGUUGUGGCUGUCAGGCAAGUGCCCACAAUUCCCUCCUGCUGGACCCCGAAUCUGAAGAGUGCCUCUGUCCUACCCAGCCUGUGUCUCACUCCUGAGCAGAUGUGCUGUCAGCAGUGUGAAUGCAGGAGACACCCUGGGUCCCCCAAAGAGUCUGAAGAACCUAGGGGCAUCCAGUCCUGGGACAAGGAUCUAUGUGGACAUCACACAAGUUUAGCGCCACCCAUAGUGGAGUGCUGGGCUGAGCCUGUAGGGUCCAGCCCCACAGGGUUGGUGGGUCUCUCCCCAUGUGCGGAGAUGAGAGAGUGUAGAAAUAAAGACACAAGACAAAGAGAUAAAAGACAGCUGGGCCCGGGGGACCACUACCACCAAGUCGUGGAGACCGGUAGUGGCCCCGAAUGUCUAGCUGCGCUGUUAUUUAUUGGAUACAAAGCAAAAAGGGCAGGGUAAAGAGUGUGAGCCAUCUCCAGUGAUAGGUAAGGUCACGUGGGUCAUGUAUCCACUGGAUAGGGGGCCCUCCCCUGCCUGGCUGCCAAGGCAGAGAGAGAGAGGGAGAAAGAGAGACAGCUUAUGCCAUUAUUUCUGCAUAUCAGAGACUUUCAGUACUUUCACUAAUUUUGCUACUGUUACCUAAAAGGCAGAGCCAGGUGUACAGGAUGGAACAUGAAGGUGGACUAGGAGCAUUACCACUGAAGCACAGCAUCACAGGGAGAUGGUUAGGCCCCUGGAUAACUGCGGGCGGGCCUGACUGAUGUCAGGCCCUCCACAAGAGGUGGAGGAGUAGAGUCUUCUCUAAACUCCCCCGGGGAAAGGGAGACUCCCUUUCCCAGUCCGCUAAGUAGCUGGUGUUUUUUCUUGACACUAAGGCUACCGCUAGACCACGGUCUGCCUGACAACGGGUGUCUUCCCAGAAGCUGGCGUUACCGCUAGACCAAGGAGCUCUCUGGUGGCCCUGUCCGGACAUAACAGAAGGCUCGCACUCUUGUCUUCUGGUCACUUCUCACUAUGUCCCCUCAGCUCCUAUCUCUGUAUGGCCUGGUUUUUCCUAGGUUAUGAUUGUUGAGCGAGGAUUAUUAUAAUAUUGGAAUAAAGAGUAAUUGCUACAAACUAGUGAUUAAUGAUAUUCAUAUAUAAUCAUGUCUAUGAUCUAUACUGGAACAGCUCAUGCCCUUGGUCUCUUGCCUCAGCACCUGGAUGGCUUGCCGCCCACAUGAGCCUACUUAGACAGGUGUCACCCUCCUGACCCAGUUUCCCCUGCCCUUGUGAAAAGGAAGAAAAUGAUGGUUCCUGGUCUGUCUUGUGCUCAAAUCUGACCCGUCUCCCAACCAGCUGUGGCUCUGGAUGAGUCCCUUUCCUUCUUUGAUCCUCAUACCUCCUCCCAGGGUCUGGUUGCAAUUCAGAGGAUCUGAAAACCUAGAGUGUGGUGAAACCAUCUUUAAAGUGUGUGUGGAUUGAGUGGGAACUCGGGAAACACCGAGUUUCAUAUAUUGAACUGUUCCACUUGCAUGAUGGUUUCACAACACAAUUCAGUGGCUGAAGAAUAUGUGACUUGAACAAAUUAAAUUAUUAAAUUUUUUUAAAAAAGAAUAUGUGACUUGGAGCCAGGUAUGUGGGUUGGAUCCCAGCUCUGUUACUUGAGAGAUGAGACCUUGGCCAGGCACAGUGGCUCACGCUUGUAAUCCCAGCACUUGGGGAGGUCGAGGCUGGCAGAUCAUCUGAGGUCAGGAGUUAGAGACCAGCUUGACCAACAUGGAGUAACGCCGUCCUUACUAAAAAUACAAAAUUAGCCGGGCAUGGUGGCGCAUGCCUGUAAUCCCAGCUACUUGGGAGGCUGAAGCAGGAGAAUCACUUGAACCUGGGAGGCAGAGAUAAUGGUGAGCCAAGAUGGCACCAUUGCACUCCAGCCUGGGCAACAACAGUGAGACUCCAUCUCAAAAAAAAAAAAAAGAGAUUAGACCUUGGCAAAUAACAGGGACACUAUGCUCUCCUCAUUUUAGUAUGGGAACAGUAGUAUUUUGAUAGGAUUACCGUGAGGAUUAAAUUAGUAAAUACAAAGAGCAUACAAAUGUUUACAAAAAUCACAGGGUUGUUAGAAGUCAGAAUGCCAUCCUUGGGUGCGGACAGGAGAGGUGGUCUGAGAGUGAUCAGAGGGAGCAGCAAAGACACUUCAAGAUCCCAGAAACUGGCCCGGUGCGGUGGCUCACGCCUGUAAUCCCAGCACUUUGGGAGGCGGAGAUGGGCAGAUCACCUGAGAUCAGGAGUUCGAGAUCAGCCCGGGUAACAUGGUUAAACCCCGUCUCUACUAAAAAUACAAAAAUUAGUCGGAGGUGGUGGCGGGAACCUGUAGUCCCAGCUUCUCCGGAAGCUGAGGCAGGAGAAUCGCUUGAACCUGAGAGGCGGAGGUUGCAGUGAGCCCAGAUCACAUCGUUGCACUCCAGCCUGGGGAACAAGAGCAAGACUCAGGCUCAAAAAAAAAAGUCAUACUAAACAAUGUCACAAAUUUAUAUAAGAGACCGACCCCGGCCCAACGCCCCUGCUCCGCCGUUCCUGCGGGUCCAGGAGUCGAUCCCGCGCCGUGCUCCCCAACCCCCGCAGGCCACCCGGGGGCAGAGAGUGGGCGCAAGGGAUGGACGUUCGGCGCCUCCGAUCCCGGGGGGAAACGGAGCGCCGAGAACGUCGACGCCCUGCCGCGCCCCUCGGGCCUGGGACUGAUACCCGGUCUGGCCCGGAACCCCUCAGGCGACCGCCGCGCCACAGGGGCCAGAAGGCGUCGAGACACGAGCGCCAUCGAGGCGCGCGGUCCUCCAGGUCUCCCAGAGCGGCGCAGCGACCGUUUCCGGGGGCGGGGAAGGAACCGGAGCCUGAGAGCCGGGCGCCCUGCGCUCCUCCCCGCGCUGUCCCGGCGGCCCAGGAAUUCACUGUCUGUAGCACCUGCUCCUCCACAGAGGUACCCUGGGAUGGCGAUGGCACUCCCGAAGCCUGGACCCCAGGUUGCCUCACACCCACCCACAUCACAAGAUGGAAUCUGCAAGCCGAGGACAGCCUCCUUGUUCUAUGGCCAAAUCCUUCCAGCCUUUGGGCAGAGGAGGCUGUUGUGUUCGAGGAUGUGGCUGUGUACUUCACGAGGAUAGAGUGGAGUUGCCUGGCCCCCGACCAGCAGGCACUCUACAGGGACGUGAUGCUGGAGAACUAUGGGAACCUGGCCUCGCUAGGCUUUCUCGUUGCCAAACCAGCACUGAUCUCCCUACUGGAGCAAGGAGAGGAGCCGGGGGCCUUGAUUCUGCAGGGGGCUGAACAGAGUGUGGCCAAAGCCAGCCUGUGCACAGAUUCCAGGAUGGAGGCUGGGAUCAUGGAGUCUGCUCUGCAGAGAAAGCUCUCCACGCAGGCAGGACUGCCGGGCACCGUGUGGGGGUGCCUCCCCCCCGCACCACCCCACCCGCAUGGCGGUCCUGAGGACGGGUCAGAUAAACCCACCCACCCCCGGGCUCGGGAGCACAGCGCCUCCCCAAGGGUUCUGCAGGAAGACCCGAGCCGGCCUGUGGGGAGCUCAGCCCCCCGCUACAGGUGCGUGUGUGGCAAGGCGUUCAGAUACAACUCGCUGCUGCUCAGGCACCAGAUCAUCCACACCGGCGCCAAGCCCUUCCAGUGCACGGAGUGCGGGAAGGCCUUCAAGCAAAGCUCCAUCCUGCUGCGGCACCAGCUGAUCCACACUGAGGAGAAGCCGUUCCAGUGCGGCGAGUGCGGGAAGGCCUUCCGGCAGAGCACGCAGCUGGCUGCUCACCACCGCGUCCACACCCGCGAGCGGCCCUACGCAUGCGGCGAGUGCGGCAAGGCCUUCAGCCGCAGCUCCCGGCUGCUGCAGCACCAGAAGUUCCACACCGGGGAGAAGCCCUUCGCGUGCACCGAGUGCGGCAAGGCGUUCUGCCGCAGGUUCACCCUUAACGAGCACGGCCGCAUCCACAGCGGGGAGCGGCCCUACCGGUGCCUGCGGUGUGGGCAGCGCUUCAUCCGAGGGUCCUCGCUCCUGAAGCACCACCGGCUGCACGCGCAGGAGGGCGCCCAGGACGGCGGCGCGGGGCAGGGCGCUCUGCUCAGAGCUGCGCAGAGGCCCCAGGCGGGGGACCCGCCCCACGAGUGCCCGGUGUGCGGGAGGCCGUUCCGACACAACUCCCUGCUGCUGCUGCACCUGCGCCUACACACGGGCGAGAAGCCGUUCGAGUGCGCGGAGUGCGGCAAGGCCUUCGGUCGCAAGUCCAACCUUACUCUGCACCAGAAGAUCCACACCAAGGAGAAGCCCUUCGCGUGCACCGAGUGCGGCAAGGCGUUCCGCAGGAGCUACACGCUGAACGAGCACUACCGGCUCCACAGCGGCGAGAGGCCGUACCGGUGCCGCGCCUGCGGGAGGGCCUGCAGCCGGCUGUCCACCCUCAUCCAGCACCAGAAGGUGCACGGCCGCGAGCGCCGGGAGGACACAGAGGGCAGGCGGGCGCCCCGCUGGGCUUCCUGAUGACCGGGACGACAGGCCGAGGAUUCACGCUGGAAGCUCACCCAAGCCGGCGGGGCCCCAGCGCAGAAAUUCAGAACCCCACGUCCUAAAGGAUCUCUCUGUCAGCCAGCCUGGAGUGCAAUGGCACAAUCAUGGCUUACUGUAGCCUCCAGCUCCCAGGCUCGUGUUUCUCCCACCUUAGCCUCCUGAGUAGCUGGGACUAAGGCACACACACUGCACCUGGCAGCUGGCGAAGCAUUGUUUCUGAGUGUGUGAGGAUGUUUUCAGUGGACUCAGUGAAGAUCUGCUCUCAGCGUGGGCAGGCACAUCCACUUGGUUGGGGGCCCAGAUGGAACACAAAGGGAGAAGAGAAGCAAAUUCUCUUUUCUGGAGGGAGACACCCAUCUCCUGCCCUUGGACAUCAGGACUCCAGUUUCUUCAGCCUUUGGACUCAGGCUUGCCACAGAGGCCUCCCAGGGCUCUCGGCCAGUCAGCCUCAGAAUGAGAGUUACACCACUGGCUUCCUUGGUUCAACCGCCUUCUUACCUGGACUGAGCCUCACUAAUGGCUUCUCUAGGUCUCCAGCUUGCAGACAGCCUAUGGGAGGACUUCUCAGCCUCCAUAAGUGUAUGGGCCAGUUCCCCUAAUAAAUCCCCUCUCCUGGCUGGGCGCAGUACCUCCUGCCUGUAACCUCAGCAUUUUGGGAGGCAGAGGAGGUAGGCGGAUCACCUGAGGUCAGGAGUUCGAGACCAGCCCGGCCAACAUGGUGAGACCCCGUCUCUACUAAAAAUACAAAAAUUAGCUGGGUGUGGUGCUGGGUGCCUGUAAUCCCAGAUACUCGGGAGGCUGAGGCAGGAGAAUCACUUCAACCUGGGAGGUAGAGGUUGCAGUGAGCCGAGAUCGAGCCACUGCACUCCAGCCUGGAUGACAGGGCAAGACUCUGUCUCCAACAAAUAAAAAUCCCCUCUCCUAAA